UUCCGUUGUUACGAACUUCGACUGUGCACGUUAAAGGUUAAACGUAGGGUGUCCAGCGUUGACAGCUACGAUUUCCACGCUACAUUACCAUAAAACGUGAUAUUUGACCACAGUCGUUUAGUCGACUUAAGAGUUCCAUAGCGUCUACGCACUUGGCUAGCUGGCUAGCUACCAAGCUAACGAAGACACUUUAAAACAGAUAUCUAAAUAUAUUUGACACUGUAUCGCAUGAUAUAACGUUGCAGGCUACACACCGUCCACUUAAUUAUUUGUGAUACCGAAGAUGUCUCAUAAACUUAAUAUUUCCGAACAUGCUCUCAAUAUCCUUCUUGUAGGCCUAAUGUCUUUACACAGCAUAGUCUCCUUCGGUUAAAACGAAUACGAAGCUGAAAAUACACCGUAAUUCUCAUAUGCAUAUGCCAAAGCCCAUAUCGAUAGAUACUGACGGUGGGCAUAUUCAUUAAGAUUCUUGCACCAUUCUUUUAGCACCACAUUUUGUUCUCUCGUUUUCUCAGCAGGGAAUGCUCAUUCAGCUGUUUGACCCAUCAGAUAUAAGUAUGAUUUGUAGCUUUUUGUUAAUAAAUGACUACCAGUGGGCUGUAGGUUUUAUUGUCUCGCAGGUCUUUGUGUUCCAGUUUCAACAUUUUCAUCAUGGGCCUGUGAAGUGACAGCUUAGAUGUGAUUAUCAGCAUGGAUGGAGAGACUCAGCAAAUUCAUCUGGUUUCAGGAGAAGGUGCAUUGGGACUAGGACAUCGCAUUCAGAUUGUGACAGAUCAACAGACAGGACAAAAGAUACAGAUUGUUACAGCUUUGGAGCAGCUGUCUGCUGGGAAACAGCAAUUCAUCUUGGCCAAUGCUGACUAUUCUACAGCAGGAAAAGUGAUUCUAACCAAGCAAGAGUCUCCCCAGGGCAAAGUCUUUCUUGCCACCCCCGAUGGCAAUCAGCUACUAUUUACCGCCUCUGAUCUAGCUGGACAACAAAUACAGUUUGUUACCAAAGAUGGUUCUGAGCAGUCACCCAUCAAGUCUGUGGUCGAAUACUGUGUGGUGUGUGGAGACAAAGCCUCGGGACGACACUAUGGCGCUGUGAGCUGUGAGGGCUGCAAAGGGUUCUUCAAGCGGAGCAUUAGGAAAAGCCUCUUGUACUCAUGCAGAGGUUCUGGAGACUGCGUAAUCAACAAGCAUCAUCGCAACCGCUGUCAAUAUUGUCGACUACAGCGCUGCAUAGCUGUCGGCAUGAAGCAAGAUUCUGUUCAGUGUGAGAGGAAGCCGGUGGAGGUAUGCAGAGAGAGGCCCAACAACUGUGCGGCAUCCACAGAGAAAAUCUACAUCCGGAAGAACCUCUGUAGCCCACUGACUGCAAUGCCCACCUUUGUGACCAACAAAGAAGCAGCAAAGUUCGGAGGGUCCUCAGGUUUACUUGAGUCUAGCAUGCUACUAAACAUUCAGCAACCUUUUCCCAAAGUGGAAAACACAGUCCUGCUCCCUGCAUCUCCUGAAAUGAAUGAGCAGUCCCAGGAUGACUUGAGCACUCUAGCUCACGUAGUCACAUCUCUGGACCACCUGAACAAGGCCAGAGAGAUGAGCGAUGGUGGCCAGAACAUGCUGGCCACAGAGAUGCACAGCAACGAAGACAGCACCACAGCUGAAGUUCAGGUGGAUAAUGAACAAAGUGCAAGUGACAUUACAAGGGCACUGGACACCCUGGCAAAGGCUCUGAACCCUAGAGACGGCCCCACCCAUGAGUCCCUGGAGGCGACCAUGCAGCUGGUGUCAGGAGAUCAAUCUGGCAGCAUCAUGGAGCUGGAGGGCCCACUGCUCUCAGACAGCAAUGUCCCCUUCAAGCUGAUGAUGCCCUCGCCCACGCCCGAGUGCCUCAACGUGAACUACAUCUGUGAGUCAGCCUCCCGCCUCCUCUUCCUCUCCGUGCACUGGGCACGCUCAAUACCUGCCUUCCAACUUUUAGGUGGAUACGACAAUGAAAUCAACUUGAUGAAGGCUUGCUGGAACGAGCUGUUCGCUCUUGGCCUGGCUCAGUGUUCAAGUGUGAUGAACGUGGCCACAAUCCUGGAAGCCAUCAUCAACCAUCUCCAGACCAGUCUACAGGAAGAGAAAGUCUCUGCCGAAAGGAUCAAGCUGGUGAUGGAGCACAUCUGGAGAAUGCAGGAGUUCUGCAACAGCAUGUCCAAACUCUCCCCAGAUGUGUACGAGUACGCCUACCUGAAAGCAGUCGUCCUCUUCAGCCCCGAUCACCCUGGCAUAGACAACACGUUGCAGAUUGAGCGGUUCCAGGACAAAGCCAUGAUGGAGCUUCAGGACUAUGUGACAAGGACCUAUCCUGAGGACACGUACAGGCUGCCCAAGCUGCUCCUGCGUCUCCCGGCGCUCCGACUGAUGAGCGCGGCCAUCACAGAGGAGCUCUUUUUCGCCGGUCUCAUCGGCAACGUGCAGAUUGAUAGCAUCAUCCCCUACAUCCUUAAGAUGGAAUCCACCGACUACAACAGCCAGGUGGUCACUGUGACAGUCUGAUUCAGUGAAGUGCACUGUCUUGGUUGCAGUGCUGAUCACAGACCGCAUGAGCAAGAUUGCCACCUGCUACGCCACCUGAAGGUCCUCCUACCCUCAGCUGUUAGUACUGUGGAUGGGGUUCGUUUCUGCUUUUCAAGAGGAGAGACAACAGGCUUGGAGAAGUGAUCAUCCUUCAUAAGACAAACAAGUGCUGCCCCUCAUGAGGUCCGAUGGAAUUGACAUAAUGAUGACUAGACCUGUGUAGGCUUUGAUACAAAACAUUUACUCAUGACAACAGAUAUACCCUGGAACAUAAUGGCCCCUCUAUGGAAAGUUAGCAUACAGCCAAACCUAAUGGUGAAUUUUCAUCAGCUGUUUCUCUAUUGGUAGUUUCAUCAUUUGAUUUAUCAUCACAAUCAAACGCAUCUAAGAAGAACAUUUCCUUAACCAGGCAGAUCCUUGCUUUGUGGUUAAAUUACAAAUUACAAUUAGUGUCAUUAAUAAUAAUAAUAGGAAUUACAAUAAAAUCACCACUCAUAAAAAUAAUCUGCACAGAUGGGAACCCUCUACUGAGGGGGCGAGCCAGCAUACCAGUAGUUGUGUGGUCAGUAUGAGUCAGAAUUUCGUGGGCUUGGAGACUUUCAGCUAACUAGUGUAAACAGACAAACACCGAGCAGUGCCCAGAGAAAACAUACUCCACAAGCAGACAUACAGUGGGGAAAAUAAGUAUUUGUCAAAAACAAAAACAUCCAGAUCCAAAAACAUUUUCCGCGACAAAUGCAAAUCAAUUCAUAACUGUUAUAAAAUGCAGU